AUCAAUGGUCGUUGCUAUGAAAAACUAGACGGCAUGAUUAUUUUCGUGUGUUGUUGCAAAAAUUAAGAAUGUUUAGAUAACACCCUUAACAUACGUAGAUUUUGUUUGAACUCUUUUCUCUCAUUGCAUUUUUUUAGUUAUCUCAUGUCUUUAUGGUGUGCUGAUUGACUGGUGUUACUUUCUUUAAAGAUACCGAGCGAUGGAAGUGAGCCCGGAGGUGGUCAGAGUGGCAGCUGAGCUGGCUCGUGCGGUGGAGCUGACCAUGAGCCCUGCGGCGGUGCAACAGCAGCGUGCAGAGGCGUAUGCCGCAUGUGAGCGCUUCAAGGAGACAUCGCCACUGUGUGCACAGUGUGGUCUGUUCCUCGCCCAGCAAACGGAUGCCCCACACGUAGUGCAGCACUUCGGCCUGCAACUGCUGGAACACACCAUCAAGUACCGCUGGAACCAGCUGUCGUUCCCAGAGAAGCUCUUCAUUAAGGAGAACACAAUGCAGCUCCUGAACAAGGGGAUGCCACCGCACCUGCAGGAUGUGAGCCACAUCAAGAACGCACUGUCUCGUGUGGUUGUGGAGAUGGUGAAACGGGAGUGGCCCCAGCAGUGGAGCGAACUGAUACCGGAGCUGAGUCAGGCGUGCACUCUAGGCGAGACCCAGACGGAGAUGGUCCUGCUCAUCUUCCUGCGUCUGGUGGAGGACGUGGCCGUGCUGCAGACAUUAGAAGCAACCCAGCGCAGGAGAGAAAUUUACCAGGCUCUCACGGCAAAUAUGACCAGCAUCUUGAGUUUCUUUCUAGUUAUCAUGGAGGAACACUAUAGUAAAUACAAGAUCAUGACCAGCCAGCUAAGCAGCAAGGAGGCCAGUGCCCAUGCAAGGGUCUUGCAGGUUGGUUUGCUGACGCUGACUGGUUUCGUUGAGUGGGUGUCUAUAUCUGCUCUCACUGCCAACAACAAUCACCUCCUUCGUGUUCUCUGCAUCCUGCUUGAGGACACCUCGUUUCAGAUCAUGGCAGCCGACUGCUUAGUGCAGAUUGUGAAUCGUAAGGGGAGUAAAGAAGAUAGGAAACCUCUUCUUGUGUUAUUUAAUGAAGAUUUAAUCAAAAGCAUCUUCCAGUCAGCUGGCAACCCUGGAAAAUCCAAAGAAGAACACUACAUGUUUUUGAAGAAACUUACACAGGUGCUGACGGGCGUCGGCAUGCAGCUGUGCUCGCUGUGGAGCAAGGAGGACGGUCCCGCGGGCUGUCCCAGCAGCUUCUCCACGUACCUGGAGGCCAUACUGAACGUGACGUGCCACCCCAGCCUCACGCUCGCCCACUACGCCAACAGCGUCUGGAUGUGCUUCUUCAAGCAUGACAACAUUUCCAAAGACCCCGUCUUCUUCUCCUUCGUGCCCAGAUGGGUCGAGAGCACUAUUCCUAAAAUUGUUAAGUCUGACUACCCGAUGACAAGGUAUAGUGGUAGUCCUGAAGCAGCUUUCUAUGCGUGCAUGGACCACGACAGUGACGCUGAGUACGCCACCUUCUUCCAUCGCUGCCGAUUGGAAUUCUGCGAAGCCCUAAAAGCUGCAACAUUGGUCGCACCACUCGUCACGUAUCACUUUGUCGAGAAAUGGCUAAGAGUCAGGCUGGAGAAGUCUCUGAAGGAACCACCCACGAAAUGCACGCUUCAGUCUCCUGUCUUCCUGGAGUGGGAGGGCUUGUCGCAGGCUUUGGAGUGCGUUCUGAGCCGGAUCCUAAUGUGUGCAGAGAGGCCCGGCCUAGAGUCGGGUAUCGCGCUGCUGGAACUGUGCUUGCAGUACGAGCCAGCAUGCCCUCUGCUACUGUCCGUGCUACUCUCUUGCAUCUCGGCACUAUUCGUGUUCCUGAGCAUGGCCCCUCCGGACGGCUGCACGGCACUGCUGCGCAGGGUGCUCGCCAAGAUAUUCCGAGCGCUGGUGUUUGCAGAGCCGGGCCAGACGCACAACGCCCGGAGCAUCGCGGUGAAGAACGUGCGCCGCCACGCGGCCAGCCUCACCGUCAAGGUGGGCGUCAAGUAUCCUCUCAUACUGCUGCCGCUGUUUGACGAGAUCCACGCCACCGUCCAGAACAUCGCUAGCGACCCCGCCCAGCUCUCCAAGAUGGAGAGGGUUUCUUUGCAGGAAGCAUUAAUAAUUAUAAAUAAUCACUUUAGUGACUAUGCCAGACAAACAAGAUUUAUUGGUGAAGUCAUUGGCUCAGUUGCUGAACGCUGGAUUAUUUUAGGAGAUGCUGCGUUCAAAAGCCCAAAGGAAUUUAUGUCUUUUGUUGGACUGGAUAAACCUCCAGUUGAGGCAAGCAGUGAAGAUAUGAGUGGCCAUAACCGCUCGCAAAUAGUGUUGUGCGUGAACCUGCUGAUGGCAGUGGUGAAGAGGUGCUCGUGGCCGGAGGACCCCGACAGGGCGGCUCGUGGGGGCUUCGUCGUGGCGAAGACAGAGUCGGGGAACCCGGUGUGUCGCAACCCGGCGGCCCCGCAUGUCGUCCCCUUGCUGCCGCACUUGCUGUCGCUGUUGAGAGUGUUCAAUGCACUGUGGACGCCCGAAGCCAUGGCACUGCUCUCGGAGGGAUACAAGUCAGCCCAUAACAUGUUACAAGUUGAAAAGAACAAUUAUCUGGGAAUAGUUUCUCCGACCAGCUCAGAUCCUCUGGAUGUGAUGAAGCCCAAAACCCAGACGCCAUUGGAGUGCAUGCAAAAUUUUUUGAGCACAAUUUACGACUAUAGUUAUCAUGUGAUAGGAAAUGUCGGCCACAGCUUUGGGAGGGACUUCUACAGUCUGCAGGGCCUUGCGCCAAGUUUGGUUGCCACUGUGUUUUCUAACCUUGAGUUUGUUCCAGAUCAUCGUCUGCGACCAAUCAUCAAAACAUUCCUUAAACCUUUCGUGAACUCGUGUCCACCUGCUUUUUACGAGCCUGUGAUUCUACCUAUUUUUGCAUGCUUCUGUCCAUACAUGUUCACUCGACUCAGCACAAAAUGGCAGUAUAUUACACAGUUGUAUGACUCUGGUAGUAUUGAUGAUGACCAAGCAGACACACAGGAAGUGUUGGAGGACAUGUUGAACCGCACUCUGACACGAGAGUAUCUGAGCCUGCUGAAGCUGGCCCUGGUGGGCGGCAGCUCGGAGAGCAGCAGUUACGACACGAUGGACCAGGAUGCGGAGAGCGCGGAGCCUCCGAGAAGCAACUCCUCCCUCCAGGCGGUGGUCAUAAGUGAGCUGGGAGGCCUGUUGCUGCGGCACGAGGCCACCUGCCAGUCCAUAGUCCUGUGCAUCUUGAGGGCCCUGUGGUGGGGGGACACCCUCGCCAGCACGCGGGCCACGCCGCUGGCCGGCCCCGUGGUGCGCCUGCUGGCCGGCGACGGCAGCCUCACCCCGGACGCGGCGGCCCACGUCAUGACGUCCGUGCUGCACGCCCUGCAGCUGCACGGCCAGCACGAGGACAGCCUGGGCGUGCUGGUGGCCCUCGGAGCACAGCUCUACGAGACGCUGCGCCCGCGCUUCCCCAGCGUCCUCCAGGUCAUGAAUCAGAUUCCAAAUAUCAACCCACAGGAUUUACAGAAAUUUGACGAAAAAGUUUUAUCGUCAACACCUAAAGGAACAAACAAAGUGGACAAAAGUAAAAAAGACAUCUUUAAAAAAGUAACCAAUCAUCUGAUUGGUCGCAGCAUGGCGCAAUUGUUUCGAAAAGAAGUUCGUAUUAAAGAUUUGCCCCGGCUGGAACUCCCAAAACGAGAAAUCAAGAAAGUUUCAUUGGAUGAAAAGAACGGAGAAGAUAUUGGUUUGAGUGCGUUAUUUACGAAUUCGGUGGCUAGGGGAGAUUAGUUUGUGUAAAAAUUGUGUAUAAUAAUGAAUGUGUAAUAUUUCAUACAAAAAUGUUAUUAACUAAGUGAUUUGUUGUUUUUUAUUGCAAUAUUGUCAGGUAUAAAACUUUGAAUUUAUAUUUUGAAUUAGUGAAAAUGUUUUUAUCCAAUAAUGAGAGACCUUACAAAAAUAUUUUUCUCAAUUAGUUCUUUUUCUGUUACAUGAACUUUAUUUUAUAAGUAACUUAUUCUCAUAGAAUUCUGGAAUCAAGUUUAGCAGAAGACAUCUUAAAAGUUAACCUAAGUAAAAACUUAAAAAUGUUUUUGAAAAAGCUCCUUUAAACUGUGUUGAUUGUCAAAAUAUUAUUUUUACUGUGAACUUUGCAGUAGGCCGGUUUGCGAUGUGCAUUGUUUUGCCGGAAAGUGUUUACUUUAAAACUAUUGUGUGGAUUUCUUUGUCUCUUAAAGAUUAUUCAUUUACAGGAUAAGCUUUAUAUAUACAUAUAUACACACACACACACACACACGCACACACACGCACACACACACACACACACAUACAUAAUAUCAGUGUUGUUAAAAGUACUCGGUAAAAGUAAUUGGGCUCAAUUACAAUUCCUGUGGUGAUUAUGUAACUAAUUACAAGUAAAAAUUACUUUACAUAGAAGUAAUCAGUAAAAUUACAAUUACUUUCCGCUACCAUUUUAAAACUGACCUACGAUUCAAUUUUUUUUACACUUUGUUACAUUAAUAAACAUACAUACAUAUAUGUUUUGUUAAAAAAUGAUUUCAUGUAAUGAUUAAAUUUAUUAUCUUUAAUUAAAUGAAUAAUAUUUGAGGACAAACUUGUUUGAAUAACAUCAAAAGACUUUAUACAAAUAGCUACCUGUAAUAAAAGUAACACUCUUUAAAUUUUGGAAUUGACCUUACAAAACAAUUGCAUUUUAAAGUUCUCAUCACAUAGAUUCCCUCUCUUGAUGGCAAAAACAUCUUUACCAACACUAAAAAGAUGCUCAACGGGAGCACUUGACGGCAGCGAUGUGUUAAAUUUUAAAAAUGGAGAUUUUAGGAUAGGGUAAUGUUAGAGACACUGCAAGUCACUUUGGCUCUUCAUUUUCGAUCAUAGAUGUUGUGCAUACGAUUGUAACACUACAAGCUUAAAAUUAUAAACUUUACUAACACAAAAGUGUAUGAUCUUCACGUUCUUAAUUGUAUUCAUUAUACGUUCCGAGAAUAAAAGUAACAGCAAGUAAAUAUAUAUUAUCAAUUAUCUUAAUGUAUCAAUUACAAUUAAUGUUAUGUAUUCCGAUUACAAGUACUAAUUACAUUUUUAAAUGUAAUUCGUUACAAGUAUAAAUUACUUGAAAAGUAAUCGUUACAAGUAAUCCGAUUACUUGUAAUUCGUUACUUAACAACACUGCAUAAUAUACACAUACACACAUACACACGCAUCAAUUUGUUCGGGGAAAGCCCUAAAUAAAUAAUAAUUGUUUCAAAAUUUCUUUUUUGGUUACAAAAAAUUGUUAAAUAGAAUUAUGUAAUGGAAAAAAGUGUUGAAAAAACCAUUAUUAUUAUUAUUAUUAUUAUCAUUAUUAUUAGCAUAAUAGCAUAUGCUGUUUUUUUUUUUUUUUUUUUCAGAUUGUAAUAAGCAAUGAAGGAUUUACUUUUUAAGAUUUUAUACUUACUGCACGUUAAUGUCUAUGUAUUUAUUUGGACUCCAUCUGUGUUAUUGAUACCAGUUAAUGAAUAUUUAAGACAUUUAUUUAUAUUAUGAAAGUUUUCAUUUCAAAAUAUGAUGCUUCUUUUCUUUGUGGUAUUAGUUGAGAACACUUUUUUUAUAAAUUUUGUGCAGCAUGUGUAAACACUAUAGGCAGUGUUGAAAAAAGUAUCCAUAUAAAUUAUUAAAUUUGUCUACAUGUCAUGUAUGUUUACAGACUGAUGUAACAGCUGCAAUAAAGCAAUGAAAAUUGA